AUCAAGUGUCAUGGCGGCCACCGGGAGAUUGUUGUAGUGUGCCAGAGACAGACAGCGGAUUGUUCUGUAUUAAACUGAACUGUAUUCAUUAUAAUAUCGGGGAAAUUUGAAUGUAAAACGUCUUUUAAACAUGGGGACCGUGCAUGCCAGGAGUCUGGACCCCCUUCCUAUGCAAGGACCUGAGCUGGGGGUGCAAGCAGAUGACAUGGACCUGGGAGAACCAGAGCAUGAAGAGAAACAGGAAGUUCUUGAAAAUAAAGACGUUGUAGUACAACAUGUGCACAUUGAUGGUCUUGGAAGAACAAAAGAAGAUCUUCUAACUUAUGAGAUUGCAGAUGUUUUCCGUGCCAAAAACUUGAUUGAUGUAAUGAAGAAGUCCCAUGAGGCCAGACAGAAACUUUUGCGUCUGGGGAUAUUCAGACAUGUGGAAGUUGUCAUUGACACUGCUGAAGGUGCUGAUGCUCUGCCGAAUGGACUAGAUGUGACUUUCGAGGUGAAGGAGUUGAGAAGAAUGACGGGAAGUUACAACACUAUGGUUGGGAACAACGAGGGAAGCAUGGUGCUGGGUCUGAAAUUGCCUAAUGUUUUUGGCCGUGCAGAGAAGCUGACCUUCCAAUUCUCUUAUGGGACUAAGGAAACCUCAUAUGGCUUGUCAUUCUUCAAGCCCCAGCCUGGACACUUUGAGCGCAACUUCGCCAUUAACUUGUAUAAAGUCACGGGCCAGUUCCCAUGGAGCUCACUCAGAGAAACGGACAGAGGUGUCUCCACAGAGUUCAGUUUCCCCAUCUGGAGGACAAAUCACACUUUGAAGUGGGAGGGUGUGUGGAGAGAGCUGGGCUGUUUGGCUCGUACGGCUUCCUUCGCUGUCAGGGAGGAGAGUGGCCAUUCCCUGAAGUCCUCACUUUCCCAUGCAAUGGUCAUCGACACGCGCAAUUCUACCAUUCUUCCAAGAAAAGGUGCCUUAUUUAAGAUCAACCAGGAACUGGCAGGUUACACUGGAGGAGAUGUCAGUUUCCUGAAGGAAGACUUCGAGAUUCAGCUCAACAAGACUCUGUUCUGGGAUUCGGUGCUCUCUACCUCUCUGUGGGGUGGGAUGUUGUUGCCUCUUGGUAACAAACCCUCGUGUAUUGCUGACAGGUUCUAUCUGGGUGGUCCCACCAGUGUGAGGGGCUUUAGCAUGUACAGCAUCGGCCCUCAGAGUGAAGGCGAUUAUCUCGGUGGAGAGGCAUAUUGGGCUGGAGGGCUUCAUCUGUACACCCCUCUCCCAUUCAGGCCAGGCAGAGGCGGCUUCGGAGACCUUUUCAGAACACAUUUCUUCCUUAAUGCCGGAAACCUGUGUAACCUCAACUAUGGGGAAGGACCCCGGGCACACCUGAGCAAGCUGGCCGAAUGUAUCCGCUGGUCUUAUGGAGCGGGUAUUGUGUUGCGUCUAGGGAACAUCGCUCGGCUGGAGCUCAACUAUUGCAUUCCCAUGGGUGUCCAGAGCGGAGACAGGAUAUGUGAUGGAGUUCAGUUCGGGGCUGGAAUCCGGUUCCUGUGAUACCGCGAGUCACGUUUUAAAACAAAGAAGCAUUUCUGUCACUUUGUAUUUGUGAUACGAUUCCAUUUCCAGCUGCACAGUCAUGCAAUGAAUGUUGCCUAAUUUUUGGUGAACAUGCUAGGAAAAUUGUCUAAAACCAAAAAGCUGUUAAGAAACAGUCGCCCAUUUUAAAGUUAUUGGCACUUCCCUUUAGCAGGGAAUAUAUCGGACAUCAGUGCUCUUAUUGUCAUAUUUAUUUGUCAGAGCAGUCAGUGUUCAAUAAAAAAAAUUAUGUUUCUGGCCUUUA